AUGCGAAUUUUUUGGUUUGUCUUCUUUUGGCUGAAAUCUAUCCGCAGCAUCAUGAGCGAAAAUAUGACAACUGCAAUUGGUGUGAUCAAUUGUAACAACGAGAAUAAUUUCAUUACAAAAGAAAAUAAGCCAUGGUGGAAUCUAACAUUAUUGACCAGAUAUGUAAUUCUGCAUAGUUUUUUUGGUCCAUUGCGCGUUCAAAACGUUUAUCCUUUAUUUACUACAGAAGCUUAUGCCUGA